UUAUGAUAUAAUCUUUGUGAAGUCCCAAUUCCGUUUCUCCUAAAAAUCUUUACCAAGUCCACCAUCUCAUCUCUUUUUAUCGUAUCAAAUCAAAUCAGGAACGAGAUCUCGGUACCUCCUCCUCCUCGUCAUCAACGACGUCGUAUCUCUUCCGCAAUCACCGAGUAGGAUAAACAUCCUGCUAGGAAAAAGACUUGGUGAGAAUGUCCGAUCAAAUAGCAAAAGGCCUGGAGUUUGAGAAGAAAGCUGAGAAGAAGCUCAACGGCUGGGGAUUUUUUGGGUCAAAGUAUGAAGAUGCCGGCGAUUUGUAUGAAAAAGCUGCCAACUGUUACAAGCUCGCAAAAUCUUGGGACCAAGCUGGAGCUGUAUAUGUCAAGCUGGCGAAGUGCCAUCUGAAAAUGGAUAGCAAACAUGAAGCUGCGAAUGCUUAUGCUGAUGCAGCUCAUUCAUACAAGAAAACAAACACCAAGGAGUGCAUAGCUCACCUAGAGCAAGCAUUGAAUUUGUUCAUGGAAAUUGGAAGACUCAGCAUGUCCGCCAGAUAUUGCAAGGAAAUUGCUGAAUUAUACGAACAGGAGCAAAAUUUGGAGCAAGCCAUAGCUUACUAUGAUAAAGCAGCCGAUCUUUUCCAAGGUGAAGAAGUGACAACUUCUGCAAACCAGUGCAAACAGAAAAUCGCACAAUUUUCAGCUCAACUGGAACAGUAUCAGAAAGCUAUAGAGAUUUACGAAGACAUAGCACGACAGUCGCUCAACAAUAACUUGCUAAAAUACAGUGUUAGAGGGCAUCUACUGAAUGCUGGCAUUUGCCAACUCUGUAAAGGCGAUGUUGUUGCAAUCACAAAUGCAUUGGAGCGUUACCAGGAAUUGGACCCCACGUUUUCAGGAACACGCGAAUACAAAUUGCUCGCGGAUUUGGCUGCUGCUAUGGACGAAGAAGAUGUUGCAAAGUUCACUGAUGCUGUCAAGGAGUUUGACAGCAUGACUAAGCUGGACGAGUGGAAGACAUCCCUUCUAUUGAGAGUGAAACUGUUGCUGAAGGCCAAGGAGGAAGAGGAUGACGAUGAUCUUACUUAAGUUCAUUCUAUUUGAUGUACCGUAACUCGAUUUGUUUUUUGUUCUUGUGCUUUUUAUGUGUGUGCAUUUAAAGAGGUGGGUUUUUCUUUUUGGGAGUAUGUAAUUCCAUUUGAGCAAAUAUAUUUGGAUUGUGCUGGGAUUUGGGUUUUUCUAGAGGAUGAUGAUAGAUACAACCGUCGUGUGCAUGUAAUGUAAAACUGGUGUUUCUUAAAUAACAGAAUCCGUUUAGCUCUGA